AUGAAGGAUAACAUCAACUUACUGGUAACACAAUGCAUAGAAAUGUUAGGCCAAGAACACCAUAUUAGGCUGGUAUAUGCUCUUCAAACAUUUAGUGCACUUUUGACAACAAUGUAUCAAAGAGCUGCUCAGGAUUCAAACAUAAACAUAAGAUUUAUUUUACUUGACAAUGACAAUUGUAAAAUGCAGAAAUUAUUAGAGCAUUGCAGCAAUAUUCUGUCAGGUGAUGUCCCAGACAGUCUUAAGUCUAUGGUAUUAAAACUACUUUUAGUUGUAGCUACAGGCGUUGACAAUAUUGAUGACAACCCACUUGUAGAAUACUUAAUGUUAAAUUCCCUUUUUGAACCACUAAUACAGUUAUUGUGUACUUCUACGGAGAGACAGCAACAUGGUUAUGAUGUAGUGCUGUUGCUAAUGUUUUUGGUCAACUACAAGAAACAGGAGUCAGCUAAUCCAUAUGUGGUUAAGCUUUCUAUUCUUGAUGAUGAAUUGGCUCUCAAUGGAUAUGGUCAAGUUAUUACAGCUGCUCUAAAUGACUAUGUUAUGUCAACAUUUGGAGGUAUGCAAGGCGGUGGCAAUGGCAGUGGUUGGCUCUCUUCCCUUACAAGUAUGGUUGGUGGGAUAUUUCUUACCAGCGAUGACACACAGCCAGUUAUUCGAGGGCAAAGACCCAGCGGCGGCGAGGAGGGCAUGCUGCUUGCCCUAUACGAGGCGGCACACUUGAAUCGCAACUUCAUGACGACUUUAGCGCAUUCAUCGUCGGCAGCCGCCUCUUCCGCCCCACCGUCCCCGCCGGCCACCUUACCGCCACAUCAGACUCCACCGAAUUUAGCGCAAAUUCAAGCGCUCGACAGUGACCAACCAACCAACCUCUUGGUAACAUUCUUCCAAUAUUGUUCCGUGGUCAUGGCGGACAGGAAGACCGAAGCGAGUAUAAACAAAUGCAGCUUAUGUUUUAUCACCUUGACCUGCAUUGUUGAGGAGCAAUUUGCCAACUCCAUUAUGCACGACCAAAAUUUAACUUUUAAGGUUCAACUGUACAGGCUACCGAUGCGGCACAGGAAAAUAGUACCAGAAGAGCCGCCGUCGCAGCCACUGGCUUCUACCCUAAUAGACCUGCUCGUUGAGUUCAUGAUGUGCCACCUGCUGAAGAAGUUCCCCGGCGAGCUGUACUCCCUGUGCAUCGGAGUUUUGCUCCGGCUGCUGAGCUACCAGAAGCGCAGCCGGGUGCGGCUGGCGCGCGACUGGCGCCCCCUCUGGGCGGCGCUGAUCGCCCUGCUCAAGUUCCUCGUCACCAACGAGACGGCUCUGCUCCGCAGGCACAACAUCUUCGUGAUGGCCCAGCAGGUUGUGAACAUCUUCAACCUGUUUAUAACGUUCGGCGACACGUUCCUGCCGACGCCUGUGUCCUACGACCAGCUUUAUUACGAGCUGAUACGGAUGCACCAGGUCUUCAACAAUAUCUUCUUUAUGGCACUGCGCUACUCCACCGGUGACGGGGAGUACAAAGCGGAGGCGCUCCGCCUGGCCAAUUGUCUGGUAAACGUACGCGCCAUCAUACAGCACUUCCCGCCGAAGAUCGACGCCUGGCUCAACUCGCAGAGCCUCUCCACGCCCACCGAAGAUCAGAUACUGGAGGUGGUGCGCCAGAACUACGACAGUCUGAUACUGAAGCUGCAGGAGGGGCUGGAGGCGUACGAGAGGUACUGUGAGCGCGAGCACAGGGUGCUGCUGGCGAGGCUGGUGCGCGCCGCGGCCGGCUGCGCCAGGGCCUCCAGCGACGCGGCCGCGCUGCACCGCCACUCGGCGGCGCUCCUCUCCCACUACACCUCCGCCGCA